GGGCUUUCAUGUACCACGACUGAACCAAUUUAGGGUUUGUGACUUUGGGCUGCUUCUUUUGCAAGGUAACAAGGUUUGUUUUGUCUGGGCAGAGGGAGCUUCGCCCGCUGCGCAACAAUGGUGGAGAGAUCGAAUAAAUCCAGAAAGGAGGAGGUGGUUACUAGAGAAUACACUAUCAAUCUCCACAAACGCCUUCAUGGAUGCACAUUCAAAAAGAAGGCUCCCAAGGCCAUAAAGGAAAUCAGAAAGUUUGCCCAAACAGCGAUGGGAACAACUGAUGUUAGAGUGGAUGUAAAGCUGAAUAAGCUUAUUUGGAGCCAUGGAAUCCGAAGUGUUCCGAGGAGGGUUCGUGUACGCAUUGCUCGGAAGAGAAAUGACGAUGAGGAUGCAAAGGAGGAGCUUUACUCACUCAUCAUGGUUGCUGAGGUCCCACCGGAGGGACUGAAAGGAUUGGGCACUAAGGUCAUUGAUGAAGAAGAUUGAGACAACUUCCAUGAGUAGGCAUGUUUUUGGUGACUUCAUUUAUUUUUAGGCAAUGUUUGUUGAUGUUCCCAGCUUGAUCAAGGAACUUAAAAGUCAAAACUGCCUACUUUGAUUGUAGCUUCUAUUGGCAUUUAAUCAGAUUUUUGUGAUUGAUCA